AUGAGUGAAGAUCAACAUACCAGAAAGCUCGGAUUUUUUGAAAAAUAUUACGUCUGUAGGAAUGUGGAAGCGUACUCUAAGAAUAUUAACUUAACUGGACAGUAUAAUCAUCAUAUUAACAAGGUAUUGCUUUCGAAUGCCCUUAGAACAUUAAUUUUGAAGAACCCAACGUUUGCUGUGAAUGUUUAUCGAGAUGGAGACCUACAACACGACGCAAAACUGAAUGGAGACAAUUUUACGCUUAGACCGGUGAAAAGAAUUGCAUUCAAUGAUGUUGUAAACUUCGACAAUAUAGACGACUCCUUUGGAGUUCUGGUCUUGAAUACAUUAACCGAAGAAAAAUGUCCCGUUAAUGACACGAAACCAUUGUGGAGACUAAAUGUAUACGAAUCGUCGUCUGAUAAGAAGCAAUAUGUGACAUUCCACUGUGAUCAUACACUUUUUGAUGGCAGCUCAACGACUCAGUUCCACAAAGACUUGAUUAUUGAAUUGGAACACCAUUCUAAGGACCAAACUUUGAAAUUCCAGGAAACGUUGUUCGAUUACGAGGCAGAUAGGGACAUACUACCAGCAAUUCUUGAAAACUCGGAUAAGAUUGUUGAUUUAUACAACCCUUCCAUCUUGUUUACCGUACUGGCAAUUUUACAGAAUAUGCUCUUGCCAAAAUGGUUAUCCAAUGGGUUCUGGUCUCUCUUUUCAGGCAAUGUGGAAGAAACGCCACUUUACACCCACAACCCGACCCAAAAGGAGACCAAGUCAAAUCUAAGAUGUGUCAGCAUUACGCCAAACGACGUGAAACGGCUCCGUGCAUUCUGCAAGUCGCAGAAUACAACGUUGACCCCGUAUAUUGCUGUAACUGCUAUGUCCGCCCUCCAAGCAACAGCUUUCCCUGUUGUAUCAGGUCAGCAAUGUUCAUUCGAAGUUAGUAUCCCCAUAGAUGGACGAAGGUACUUCCCCGAAAAGCUGAACGACACCAAGUACGGUCUUUACGUUGGCCUGCUUACGUCUAAAAUGGGCCCCUACACAGACCUGAAAGCCUCUAUCAACACCCUCACUACACAAUUGACCACCGGUGUCUCCGACAGAUCGCCAUUCAGCUAUGUGGGUCUCCUCAAGUACGUCAAUUGUUGGGACUUUCUUAGGAGUAAACUCGGGAAGAUCGAUUCGCGACUGACCCUAGAGGUGUCAAACCUCGGGCUUCAUCUGAUUUCUCAUGACGAUUGGUCCGUCGAAAAUCUCUGGUUCAGCCAAACGAACGGCAUCCUCAGCCACUUCUCCCUUUCACUAAUUGCUACUGAGUCAAAUGGCCUCAACUUGCUGGUUAGUUAUCUCGAAGAUCUUGACAUGGUCCAAACCUCGCUGCGAAAACUUGUCAUCGACGAAUUCAUGACUUUGUUUACCACAAAACUCUUAGAACAUAUUUAG